GUUAAAUUGACAAGUCAUACACAGACAACGGCGCACUGACAACACACAGACAACUCCUGCUGUUCGUUAGGUCGCAUCGCACCCGCAAGCUCGCAAACCGCCCUGUUUACAUCUACACCUGUGCGCUUACAAGUGGCGCACUUAGCGCAUUAUGAACACCCUUAGGAGCGGGAUGUGGACGCUACGAGGUGGUAGACAGGCGUGGACGGGGCCUCAGCGGUCGCAGCCUCAACACCAAGCAACAGGCUGUCCACGGCCAGUAGCUGUGCACUCUGCAGCGGUGAACGUUCUGGCGUCCACGAAGCCAACGGAGGGCUCAUCAACGACUGGCCCCAAGCAGGUUGUCGCGAAACCAGCUAAAGUCUCAGUCCCCAGGGGCUCGUUUGGGCGAGCUGAGGACCAGCUUGUUACACCGCGCUCGAGCGUGGAUAGCAAUGUGGACUGGUUCUACUCGGAGGCCGCUCAGAAGGAGUGGGUCCAGGCCAUGGAGUUGGACAUGCUGACUCCCGACAUGCCGCUGCUGCUCAAGGAGAUGGGAAUCAACUACGACCCCGAAAAACUCAAUGCCGCGCUGGCCCAGAGCUGGCCGCAGGUCUAUUCGCGGGCCGUGCAGGUGUCCGCCACCCUGGGUGGCUUCAUCGCGGCAGUGGCGCGGGACUACGCGCUGGGCCAAUUUGAGUCCAACAUGCCGGUCCGGGCCAAGGAGCUGCGCACGCUGCUGGGGCGGCUGGGUCCGGCGCUCGUGAAGAUCGGCCAGGCUCUGUCCGCCCGGCCCGACCUGCUGCCGCGCACCUACCUGGAGGCGCUGUCGGAGCUGCAGGACCGACUGCCCAGCUUCCCCACGGAGAUUGCCUUUGCGGUGAUUGAGGAGGAGCUGGGGGCGCCUGUGGACCAGGUGUUCCUGGAGAUGAGCGAGCUGCCGGUGGCGGCGGCCAGCCUGGGGCAGGUGUACAAGGCCCGCCUGAAGGAUGGCACGGACGUGGCGGUCAAGGUGCAGCGGCCCAACAUCGGCGAGACCAUCGCGGUGGACAUGCUGCUGCUGCGGCGGCUCAUGGGCGUGGUGGACAAGCAGCUGCCAGCCAUUGGGGUGUCCCAGCCGCUGGUGCCGCUGGUGGAUGAGUUUGCGCGGCGCCUGUUCGCCGAGUUGGACUACGUGCAGGAGGGCCACAACUGCGAGCGCUUCCAGGCGCUGUACGGCUCCAUGCCCCGCGUGCGCACACCCAAGAUCUACUGGCAGCACACCAGCCGGAGGGUGCUGACCAUGGAGUGGAUCGAGGGAGUCAAGCUCACCAACCAGGCAGCCAUGGAUGAGGCGGGUCUGAGUGUGGUAGACUUUGUGGACGUGGGCAUUGAGUGCACGCUGCGGCAGCUGUUGGAGCACGGCUACUUCCACGCGGACCCACACCCAGGCAACCUGCUGGCCACGCGCGGCGGCGACCUGGUGUACCUGGACUUCGGCAUGAUGAGCGAGGCGCCGCAGUACGCCCGGUAUGCCAUUAUGGCCCACGUGGUGCACCUGGUCAACAGGGACUAUGAGGCGAUGUGCAAGGACUACUACACCCUGCAGUUCAUGGACCCCUCCGUGGACACCACCCCCAUCGCGCCCGCCCUGGCCGCCUUCUUCGACGACGUGCUCGACAGCUCCGUGUCCACCCUCAACUUCAAGGCCAUCGUGGACGGGCUGGGUGAGGUGCUGUUCCAGUACCCCUUCCGUGUGCCCGCCUACUACGCCCUCAUCCUGCGCAGCCUCACAGUGCUGGAGGGGCUGGCGCUGCAGGCCGACCCUAACUACAAGCUGCUGGCCAAGGCCUACCCCUACAUGGCCAAACGCCUGCUCACCGACCCGGCCCCCGAGCUGAGGGAGAGCUUCGAGGACCUCAUACUCAAGGACGGGCAGUUCCGGUGGAACCGGCUUGAGAACCUGCUGCGUGAGGGCUCCAAGAGCCAGGACUUUGACCCCACACAGCUGUGGCUGUUGGCAGAGUGGCUGCUGUCGCCCGCGGCCGCGGGCGUGCGGUCCACCGUGGUCGCGGAGCUGGGCAGGGUCAUUGACGCGGCGGCGGCGGCGGACGUGCGCACGCGCAUCGAGCAGCAGACCGGCAACAAGGCCAUUGCGGACGCGCUGGUUCCCCCGCAGCCGGCGGAGGCGGAGGCGCGGGAGCGGGCGGCCCUGCUGCUCGGCUCCAUCAGCAGCCGACUAAACCUGCAGGAGCCGCUCAGGCUGCAGGGGAGCGGCCCCUUUGGCCUCAUUACGCCCGCGGACGUGCAGUCCACCACCGCCCGCCUGCGCGGCGUGCUGGCAGCCACGACCCCGCGCCUGUCCACGCUGCUGGAGCAGCCCGGCAGCACGGAAAUCAUCAACGGGCUGGUCAGCCAGCUCAGCCGCCGGUUGGCAGCGCGCGCCAUUAAGUUUGUGUUCGGGGCGCAGCAGACACUGGCAGCGGCAUCCACGGGCGGCGGCGUCCGGGCGUGAGGAUGGCGGAUGUACGCGGGCGGACGGGUGAACGGGUGCCGUGGGGGAUACUUCCACCAUUCCCAGUAAGAAGGGGGGAGGGGUAAGUGUUAGGGGAAGUUGUUAAUGCACGGCGCAGGGUUUUGUUGCUUUGAUGCGCAAUGCCAUGGUUGCGGGUGUCGGCAUCGGUGUCAGCCUUAAUUGGAUGCGGGAAGUGAUGAGCAAGUUCGUAAUGAAGCCCAGCUGCGAGCAGAGUUUUUCCAAGGAGCGAGGGCAGUUUUAUAUGGAUCACUCCUGCAGCGUGAAAGCUCGCGGUACGACCAUCCUGAACAGCGGAAUUUGAUGUAGCGUGUAGAGUGCAAGGGUGAGCGCAUGGCGCUUUAGGUUCCUCAUGACCGUACCGUGUAUGUGUGGAGGGGCGUGUGCGCUUUUGCGCGGCAUGUGCGGAUGGCGCAGCAGGUGCCUGCUGGCGGACACGUCGCAGGUACAAGCCAUGCUUGAUGUUGCAGUGGAGACGUAGAGCCGUGCGGCUCAAGGCUCCUUGCGAAGCCAAUGAAUGGUGCGUGUACAGUGUCAGUAGUGAGGCUCACUGUGUGGUGGAUGCAUUUACAGCAGUGCCGAGGUAAUAUGCCACCGGUGGCACGCGCUGCGUGCGUGGUCCAGGCAGCUGCACGACAGGAAUCAAUCAAUCAUUAAUGCGGGCCGUGAUGGUGAUGUUUACGCGCUGAGAGCAACCCUGCGCUUUGUUUGCACUCGUGAUUAUGCGCGCCAACAACACACGGCGCCCGUUGGGCACACACCAUAUCAAAAGAACGGUGCAGGAGUGGGCCUAACUUGCGGCAUGUUGAACGCUUUUGGUCUGUGCUCGCGGCUGCCGCAUACAGCCAAUAUUUCAUGUUGUGGCUUAUGUAUCUGCGUACAUGCAUGUACGACAUGUGUGAGCGGGUGUACUGCAACAUGACGUCCGCAAACAGUCUGCUGUGCAGAGCGAGGGGUGUAUUGUAUGAGCAGUGCAUGCGCCCGUGUGCUGUGCGUGCGCCGUGAUGGGCACGGCCGGCGGUGUAAAGGAGUGUUGUUGGUGUUGAGACUUGUCUGCUGUAGGACUAGGGCGCCACUACCUGGGCCACUGGCCAAGCUAACAGCGGUUAUGUAAUAUGGCUGCCGGGCAAGUGGAUGGCUCUGACGCUCGGUCCAGGCCUAUCUUGCGGGGCAGCGAAGGUCGGAGCAUUGUCUCUUUCACCUGUGUCAUGGACUCUAGGACUCAGACAUGAGGGGCAGGUUUUGUCCGAAGGCCUAUGGACAAGCUGGAAACUGUGGAAAGCCCCAAAACCGCCAUGCGCCCAGACAAAAGACGGCGGCCAGCCGGCUGUAAAAGGACUGGCUA